ACUCAGAAAAUCCCUGCUAUAAAUCAAAGCUCACUGGACACUUAGGAGAGAGAAAGUGUAGAGAGAGAGAGAGAGAGUAGAGAGAGAAAGUGCAGGAGAUCGCAUUUAUCUCUUACCUUCGCACUGUCUCCAGCACACCAUUCAGACCGAACACUCCGCCGCCGUCUCAAUCUUCUCUCCGCCACCAUGUUUUCAUUAAACGGAAGCACCUUUCUGAACAAUUCUCUGUGUGGGGUGUCGAAAAGCUUGACGCAGUCGGCGCAGAGGAAGAUAUCAGCUCCUCCCACGACGGUGGUGGCUUCAGUGAGUUCAAAUGGGAGGUCUGGGGAUCGAAACGUCGGCGUUUUGAUGGAGAGUACUUUGAAGGAGAUGAAUGAGAAUGCCACGUCAUCGUCUUCGGCAUCUCAGAUAACGGUGAUUGAGAAAGACACCAAAUCCACCGUCGGCGGCGGCGUGGAAGAUGUGUACGGCGAGGAUAGCGCCACCGAGGAUCAGUACAUCACCCCUUGGACUGUCACCGUUGCUAGUGGAUACCCGUUAUUGCGGGACCCACACUACAACAAAGGCCUCGCCUUUACAGAGAAAGAGAGGGAUGCUCAUUUUCUCCGAGGUCUUCUCCCACCUGUUGUUAUCAGCCAAGCCCUCCAGGUUAAGAAAAUGAUGCACAAUAUGCGUCAGUAUCAAGUACCGCUUCAACGGUACAUGGCUAUGAUGGAUCUUCAGGAGAGAAACGAGAGAUUGUUCUACAAGCUUCUGAUUGAAAAUGUGGAGGAAUUGCUUCCAGUGGUUUACACUCCGACUGUGGGGGAAGCGUGCCAAAAGUACGGGAGUAUUUUCAGACAACCUCAAGGCCUCUUCAUCAGUCUCAAAGAAAAGGGAAGAAUUCUCGAGGUGUUGAAGAAUUGGCCGGAGAAGAAGAUUCAAGUUAUCGUGGUGACUGACGGUGAAAGGAUUUUGGGACUCGGAGAUCUCGGCUGCCAGGGAAUGGGGAUACCCGUGGGGAAGCUUUCGUUGUAUUCAGCUCUUGGUGGCAUUCGUCCUUCUGCUUGCUUGCCUGUGACGAUUGAUGUGGGAACAAAUAACGAGCAGUUGUUAAAUGACGAAUUUUAUAUCGGUCUUAGAAGAAGAAGGGCAACCGGGCAGGAAUAUUCUGAGCUUCUGGACGAGUUUAUGUCUGCAGUGAAGCAGAAUUACGGAGAAAAAGUUCUCGUCCAGUUUGAAGAUUUCGCAAAUCACAAUGCUUUUGAUCUCCUUGCUAAGUAUGGAACCAGUCAUCUCGUUUUCAACGAUGAUAUUCAGGGGACUGCAUCUGUGGUCCUUGCCGGACUUAUGGCUUCGUUGAAUUUAGUCGGGGGCACCUUAGCCGAACAUACUUUCCUAUUCCUCGGAGCUGGAGAGGCUGGAACUGGUAUUGCAGAACUCAUAGCUCUCGAGAUUUCAAAACAGACAAGUGUCCCGGUGGAAGAGGCUCGCAAGAAGAUUUGGCUCGUGGACUCAAAGGGUUUGAUUGUUAAUUCUCGUUUCGAGUCUCUUCAACAUUUCAAGAGGCCGUGGGCCCACGAACACGAACCCGUCACAACUUUGUUAGAAGCUGUCAAGACCAUUAAACCGACAGUAUUAAUCGGAUCAUCUGGAGCUGGAAGAACCUUUACGAAAGAAGUGGUCGAGGCAAUGUCAUCUUUCAACGAGAAACCUGUUAUUCUAGCCCUCUCCAACCCAACAUCGCAGUCCGAAUGUACAGCCGAAGAAGCUUACACAUGGAGUGAGGGCCGAGCCAUUUUUGCUAGUGGGAGCCCGUUCAGCCCAGCCGAAUACAACGGCAAAUUUUACGCAUCGGGCCAGGCGAACAAUGCAUACAUCUUUCCCGGAUUUGGUCUCGGUUUGAUAAUUUCUGGUGCAAUUCGAGUUCACGAAGAUAUGCUUCUAGCAGCUUCGGAAGCAUUAGCUGAACAGGUUAGCCAAGAGAACUUAGAUAAAGGAUUAAUAUAUCCACCGUUUUCGAACAUCAGAUAUAUUUCAGCCCAGAUUGCCGCCAGGGUGGCAGCUAAAGCAUACGAACUAGGUUUGGCGACUCGUCUACCUCAACCGGAAAACCUAGUAGCGUACGCAGAGAGCUGUAUGUACAGCCCCAACUACCGUAACUAUCGUUAAACAGGUGGAAGAAUCGAUAAAACAUUGCCGUUUUUUCGUUAAUCCCCCUCCCCCGCUCUUAUUUUCUGAAUUAUUGCCCUGUUUUUGAAUUAUUGCAUAAAUUAAAAGACACUAGGAUUAGGUGUUUGAAAUGGAAUAUGAGAAUGGUGAAAGUGUGGUGUAUCAGUAAAAUUUAGUCCUAUCAAGUAUCUUUUUUUUUUCCCUUUAUAA